AUGGGUUACAAUCUGUUGCAAGGAAAGACCGUGGCGAUUACGGGAGCAGCUACAGGAAUUGGUCGUUCGAUUGCUGUCAAGAUGGCUGAUGAGGGUGCUAACGUAGUCAUCAACCACUUCCCUUCCGAAGAGCAAGCUCAACUAGCCAAGGAGCUGGGAAAAGAAAUCGGAGAGGACAAGUUUCUAGCUGUUCCAGGUGACAUUUCAAAACCUGAGACUGGAAAGGAUCUUGUUGCAAAAACCGUUGAAAAGUUUGGUGAGUUGAAUGUAUUCGUCUCAAACGCUGGGAUCUGCCCUUUUGCAGAGUUCACUGAGAUGCCUGCUGAAACUUACUUGAAGACGGUGGAAAUCAACUUGAACGGAGCAUUUUUCUCCACUCAAGCUGCUGCGAAGCAAAUGAAGCUCCAGGGCAAAGGUGGUUCAAUCAUCGGAGUGUCCAGUAUCAGUGCUCUAGUUGGUGGAGGGUUUCAAACUCAUUACACUCCAACAAAAGCCGGUAUUUUAUCGCUAAUGCAAAGUGAAGCUGUUGCUCUUGGAGAAUACGGAAUAAGAUGUAAUGCUCUUCUGCCAGGUACCAUCAGAACCGGACUCAAUGAAGAGGAUUUGGCCAACGACGAAAAACGUGUGGCCAUGGAAAAGAGAGUGCCUCUACAAAGAUUGGGAGUUCCAGAUGACCUAGCUGGGCCUGCAGUUUUCCUAGCAAGCGACAUGUCCCAGUACGUUACCGGAGCCCAGGUGUUGGUGGACGGAGGACUAUUUGUUAACUUACAAUAG